GCACUCGACGGAGAUAUACUGCCAUCGACAUAUUCGGAUUUUUCGAACCUUUAUAUCUGCUCUUUCAACCUUUAACUCAUAUCAAUCUCUCCAAAAUGCCUCCCAAGCGUGUUGUCGUUCAAUCCGGUCGCCGCGAUCAAGAACAAGCCGGUCUUUUCGGCGCCACAUAUAAGGAGAUCACCAACCCAGAGAACGCCACCAUUGUGAGGAGUAUUGUCAUCUUCAGUGCCGCCGUUGCCUUCUUCCACAGCAGUUUGAGCGAGUUCCUCAUUCCUCCUCUAUAAAUGCUCUCACUGCAACCAGCUCCCCGAAUAUCCUGCCUUCCGCUCCCAUCGCAAACCGACGACAGAGCCUGUACAGUUAGCUCCCUCUGACGUACAAUAAAAGUGCUCACGAGGCUUUUGCGAAAUUCAUGAAUAAUAUCCUCGUUCCACGAAAAUGGAGCGGGCCUUGUACUAUAGUCUGUUUUGAUAAUAACGUGUGUUUUGGUAGUCAUGGUUGAAUCAAUAUUACACGUUCCAUACAUCUUUUUC